AUAUUAAUCCGACGAAAAUUCUCAUAAAACUUUUUCGUUCAUGCGUCAUAAAUCAACAUGAUCUUCUGCAUCGCGUGAUUUUCCUUUCGACGAUCGUCGAACAAAGAGCGUGUGAAAGAGCGUCAUAACGGUUCCAUACGGUUGUAAACAGAGGUAUCUCUGAGAUUUGACAUAAUCGAUAACCGAUUGCGUGAACAUUCAACUAAUUUUGGUACAACGUACAUUACAAUUAGACUCUUCGGCGUGAACGAAUAUCGAGCGAGCCCGUUAAGCCUCAUUAAGAGACGAACGGCAUCGUGGAUGUCAAUAAUAAUAAACGCCACGCGCUAAUUAGUUUCGUCGAAGACGCCCUGACACGACGCUAACGGCACUGCCGAGUUUGUGAAUGAACGCACGUCAGAAUUGCACGCGUUUGCACGUUGCGCGUUAUCUGACCAGUCUGCAGAUAAGCGAUUAGUCAUCGUCGUUGGUUGCGAUUUAGUCAUUGUCCGAACGCCUACACGGAUCGCUACGCGGUUCUUCAAUUAUUUUUAUUGUCGAAUUGGCUGUUGUUACUUCUAUAAUUAUAUUAGAAUGGCAAAAUUACGCGAGUCGCGUCUGGCCAGAGAGAGUCUGCCGCUGCGUGGCAACUUUGCGAGUAACGUUAGUCUAGAUAGAUUCUCCGAGCGUAGUUUGCACGGCUUACACUCGAGGGAACGAGAUUGUAGGAAUAUGUGCAACGAGUGCAUGGCCAGAGUGCCGUAUGCAACUCUCAUAGCAACCAUUAUGUGUUGCUUGGGAGUUGGAAUUUUCUGUGGAACCAUGUACAGAGGUGCGACAUUGUGUGCUCUGAUGAUGGACCAGGUGUUUCAUCUGCAUCUCGGAUGGUUGGAAGCAGUGCAAUUGGUGUUUGCGUCAAUUGGGGCUUGUAUGGCAGCUUUAGGAUUCAUGAUUUUGUGUGUCGGUUGUCUUGCGACUGGUGCUACAAGGCACAAAGUCUACCGUGCGUGGAGAUCUAGAGUGGGUGGACGUAUCUCUUGUGCUGUCUUUAUGACUAUUAUCUACAUCUUACAAAUUGCUUGGCUUUUGAUAUUCGCAUUCUUGAUUAUCACUACGCUAAUAUUCACCAUAUUCUGGGGCUUAUGCAGCAAUCCACGUGUCCAAUCUCUUGACGAAUGCAUUGAUUUUACUCAAUUCAGCUUUAUGUUUCCUAACAAUACACGCGUGCAAGAUAUGCAAGUAUGUGGACCCCAGGAGGUCAAACUUUUCUGCAAGGACUUCGUGGAGAAGGCCGAGGUGAUGUUCAUCCUGGCGACUGCGGCGGCCAUGCUUGUGAUUCUGAGCCUAAUACAUUACCUGAUGUGUUUGUCUGCCAACUACGCACACAUACGAGAUCACGAAAAAUUCCAAGAACUACAGGAACUACAGUAUCUACAAGACGCGGUUGAUCCGGACUCCUCUCAACCGGGAAUGGGUACCCUCGGCUCUCAUCGCGGUAAAGAUAGGUUCUAGGACACGGCCCGCGAGAUCUUCAUUAUGGACCCUUUCUAAGCCUAUCGUCUAUUUGAGACACGUAGGUCAUUUACGCCCGAUUGGAAAUCUCUUCCGGGUAUCACUUCCUCUUCUCUAUGUACCUAAAUUCGAUAUUCUGCUCAUCGCGCGGUGUGUCUGUCACCGUCAUGGUAGUUUAUUGAUUCGAAGAUCUUGCGGGAAUCAACUCUAUGCCGUCCAUUUUAUCUGCGACUAUAAUCGUAUAUAAGCAUCUAUCCGUUUUACGUACAAAAGAUGCCCAUAGAAGUACGUACGUAUCGGUUUAUCAUAUAUAAGAGAUUAUUAUAAUGCAUCUUUAGCGUGGAUAGCUCGAUCUAAAUGGAAACGAUGGAAACGAACUUUCAGUUUAAAGCAAUAAGCUCAUGAUAUCAUUCCAUAAACUCAUAGAAAAGGUAUUUUACUUGAAAUCUAUUCUGUGCAUCUUCGAAAUGCACGAGAUUCCAGCGUAAAGAUUUUUUUUUACUCGGAAGUAAAAAAAAGUCUCUACGUCGGUGUAACGCACACGUACCCUGUAUCGUGCGCGUAAUAGUAUUAUAUGAGUGUUCACGAUUUUAGAUCAUUUGCCGGUCUAAUCUUUCGGUAUUAGAGCUAAUUCUUGGACUCUAUGUGUACCACAUACUAUAUCUUCAGUACUGAGAUUUUUUUACGAAAGAGAUUUCUUUUAUAUGAAUAUAUACGUUUAUAUAAUACUAUAUUUUCGUUACGUUGAGUAUUUUAAGGCAUGCUGGGAAAAUUAUAAAAUAGAAAAUAGAAAUAUAGAAAAUAGAAGACAACUGUAUUUGCGAUACCAAUAAAGUAUUAAAACAAGGACUGCAUAUAUCGCAGCAUUAAAACAUGAUUAUUAAUUGAAUUUUCGUUAAAUAUUUUGCCAGCAUGCUUUUAGGAAACAUUCGUGUCGUUUGUGCAAUUUUUAGA